CAGCAGCAGCAGCGGCGGCGGCGGCGGCGGCGGCGGCGGAGGCGCCCGGUCCCGGCCGCGCGGAGCGGACAUGUGCAGGCUGGGCUAGGAGCCGCCGCCUCCCCCCCGCCCCGCGAUGUAUUCAGCGCCCUCCGCCUGCACUUGCCUGUGUUUACACUUUCUGCUGCUGUGCUUUCAGGUUCAGGUGUUGGCAGCCGAGGAGAACGUGGACUUCCGCAUCCAUGUGGAGAACCAGACGCGGGCUCGCGACGAUGUGAGUCGGAAGCAGCUGCGCUUGUACCAGCUCUACAGCAGGACCAGUGGGAAACACAUUCAAGUCCUGGGCCGUAGGAUCAGUGCCCGUGGCGAGGACGGGGACAAGUAUGCCCAGCUCCUAGUGGAGACAGAUACCUUCGGGAGUCAAGUCCGGAUCAAGGGCAAGGAGACAGAGUUCUACCUGUGUAUGAACCGAAAAGGCAAACUCGUGGGGAAGCCUGAUGGUACCAGCAAGGAGUGCGUGUUCAUUGAGAAGGUUCUGGAAAACAACUACACGGCCCUGAUGUCUGCCAAGUACUCUGGCUGGUACGUGGGCUUCACCAAGAAGGGGAGGCCUCGCAAGGGUCCCAAGACCCGUGAGAACCAGCAAGAUGUGCACUUCAUGAAGCGUUACCCCAAGGGACAGGCUGAGCUGCAGAAGCCCUUCAAGUACACCACAGUUACCAAGCGAUCCCGGCGGAUCCGUCCCACUCACCCCGGCUAGGUCCGGCCACACUCACCCCCCAGAGAACUACAUCAGAGGAAUAUUUUUACAUGAAAAAUAAGGAAGAAUCUCUAUUUUUGUACAUUGUGUUUAAAAGAAGACAAAAACUGAACCUAAAGUCUUGGGGGGAGGGGCGAUAGGAUUCCACUGUUGACCUGAACCCCAUGACAAAGGACUCACACGAGGGGACCGCUGUCAACCCACAGGUGCUUGCCUCUCUCUAGGAGGUGACAAUUCAAAACUCAUCCCCAGAGGAGGACUUGAACGAGGAAACUGACACAGCAGCGAGAAACCAAAGUCCUUUCCCCCCCAAAGGUUCUGAAAGCAAACAAAACAAAACAAAAGGAAAAAAGAAAAAAAGAAAAAAAGGAAAGUAGCGCCCCCCCCCGCCCCCCUCCCUUCCCUAGACUCCAACAAGAAUCGCUCUCUGGUUUGCAGUUGUUUAUUUAUUGUCCACUGCAAGCUGUCCCGCGACACCGCGCAGGGAAGGCGCCCCUGAGAAUUCUCCGCGCCUCGACCUUCCGACGACAGACGCCUCGUCCAAUCAUGGUGGCCCGCCUUGCCCGCAGUUCUGGAGGAUGCUGCUAUGGACUUUCCGUGACUCACGUGACCUAGUACACCAAUGAUAAGGGAAUAUUUUAAAACCAGCUAUAUUAUAUAUAUAUUAUAUAUAUAAGCUAUUUAUUUCACCUCUCUGUAUAUUGCAGUCUCAUGAACCAAGUAUUACUGCCUCAACAAUUAAAAACA